GGCAUCCCCGCAAUCGUUGCACGCACGCUCCAACAACAGCAGCCACUCUGCCCGCCCGCGGAAGGCACUCGACCAGCAAUAAUGGCGCUCGCCUCCACCUCCGCCACCGCCGUGCUCAAGAACCCGUUCCUCGGCGCGAGGCGCGCGCUCGCCAAUGCCGCCGUCGGGGCCGCUGCCAAGCCCGUGACGCGCCGUGUGGUGGUUGUCGCCGCGGCCGUCGGCAAGAAGUCGUGGAUCCCCGCUUUCAAGAGCGACGCCGAGUUCAUCGACCCGUCCUGGCUCGAUGGCUCGCUCCCCGGCGACUUCGGCUUCGACCCCCUUGGCCUCGGCAAGGACCCGGCGUUCCUCAAGUGGUACAGGGAGGCGGAGCUGAUCCACGGGCGGUGGGCGAUGGCGGCCGUGCUGGGCAUCUUCGUCGGCCAGGCCUACAGCGGCGUGGCAUGGUUCGAGGCCGGCGCGCAGCCAGGCGCGGUGGCGCCCUUCUCCUUCGGGUCCCUCCUCGGCACCCAGCUGCUGCUCAUGGGGUGGGUGGAGUCCAAGCGGUGGGUCGACUUCUUCAACCCGGACUCGCAGUCCGUGGAGUGGGCCACGCCCUGGUCGCGCACCGCCGAGAACUUCUCCAACUCCACCGGCGAGCAAGGCUACCCCGGCGGCAAGUUCUUUGACCCGCUCGGCCUCGGUGGCGACACCAAGGACGGCGUCUACAUCCCCGACGCCGACAAGCUCGACCGGCUCAAGCUCGCAGAGAUCAAGCACGCGCGCCUCGCUAUGCUCGCCAUGCUCAUCUUCUACUUCGAGGCCGGACAGGGCAAGACGCCGCUCGGCGCGCUCGGACUAUAAUCUACAGUUAGGAACUCGGUGCGCGCGCGUGGUGGGUGGUGAGGGUUGCUGCAUUUGCAUCAGCUGAUCGGACGCGAUGGAUAGCUGCAUGGGUUCGGCCGAAGAAGAAGCAGCAAUGUAUCUGUGUGUCCGUGACUUCUUUCGGGCGGUGUGUUGUGUGAAUCAAAUGGGGAAUCAAGGAGUACUCUCUCUUUGUUUCUUCCCAGUGUAUGUACCAUGUAAUAUAUGAGCAGUCUUGGUUCUGUAAUUCAAGGCAGAAUGAGCAACGACAUUUCAUUGAUCA